AUGCCCGUCGGACCCCGAGUCUCCAAAGAAGAAUUCAUGCACGCACUGGGUCUAAACCCCCAAGAUGCCCACCACGAGCAAUACUACCGCGCCAUGCGCGACGAAGCAAUAAUGGUCUACAACCGCAUGAACCAAGACACCUCCAAUCUCCUCGACAAUAUCCGCGCAGACCCAAACACACGCCCGCCGUUCUUCUGGCACCACAUCCGACCAGACCGACAGCGCUGGGCGAUUCUCGAGAUCUGGCGCAACGCAGCACCGCUUACGAGGCCGUUGUUUGAUCGUGGAAUUACCAAUGGCGAGCGCUCUAGGCAGGUUGAGGAGACGGCGCCGAAGAAGUAUUAUGAUCCUGUGCGGAACGGGACUUUGUGA